AUCUAAUACGAUGACGAAAACUUCCUGCGAGGAUCACUCCAGAAAUGAGUGCAUGGAGGUGGAGGACAAGUCUGAAAGUCGGAGUUACGGGCGUCGUCACAGCAAAGGGGGUUGUUCGGAAAGGGAAAUUGAUGACGAUCAAGAGAUUUUUCAGGAAGUCGAGGUGCAGAUGGUCGUUCCGCCGGACGGUGGCUGGGGUUGGGUCAUAGUUGCAGCUUCUUUCAUGUGUAACUUGAUUGUGGAUGGCAUCAUCUUCAGCUUCGGUGUAUUCCUAGUUCACAUUUGUGAAGAUUUAUCCGUUUCAACGGCACAAGUCGCCCUUGUAGGCUCUCUGCAGAGUGGAUUCUACCUAAUCACUGGCCCGUUCGUGUCGGCGCUAGCUAACAAGUACGGAUUUAGGCUGGUAGCGAUGCUUGGCAGUGUCAUAAGUUGUUCAGCUUUAAUUCUGGCAUUCUUCGGCCGGUCGAUUGAACUUUUGUGCAUCUCAUACGGUAUUUUGGGUGGGAUUGGAGCUGGUCUCAUUUACGUCCCUGCCGUGAUAUCAGCUGGAUUUUAUUUCGAACGUUGGCGUGCUUUAGCAACAGGCAUCGCAGUUUGCGGAUCAGGAAUCGGUGCAUUUAUAUUAGCGCCAAUCACUAAAAUCUUAAUUAACCACUACGGCUGGAGAGGAGCACUUCUCAUUCAAGCGGGAAUGCUGCUGAAUUGUGCGGUUUUCGGAGCGUUGCUUCGACCAUUGGCACCAUCCCUCGUGAAAGUUAAAGCUACUGAGGAGAACACCGAGAUUGAGAUGGUACCAUUGUCCAGAAAAUCUGGUUCUGCGGGUUGCCUCUACACGACACAGCCAUCCGGGCGCCGGCUCCUUGGUACAAACAACAAUACUGAAUUUGCAACCGCCGCACAGUUCCUUGGUAGCAGCCCUAAUAUCGUAAACUGCAGAUCAUUGCAUUCGCUUCUCAAAGAGAGCCAUGGGAUGGGAAAGCAUGCAAAAUCCAACCACAGUAGUGACGACAGAUUGUCGGAACCUACACUAUAUCCAGAUGUGAAAAUUCUCGAUGAUCAAGAAUUGAAAACGGUGGAAGAGGAAAAUAAUUUGCUGAGCGGUGACUUGGAGCGUCUCAACGGGCAUGUACCGACAAAUGCACGAAGACAUACGGUGUGCGUGCGCCGAGACAGAUCUAAUUCCGACAUAAGUCAAAAGUUUUUCAAAGCAAGACCAGCCACUGCUAGCAAGGACAACAUUCAGAGGCCAUUUUACAGAGAUGAUAUAUUCUACAGUGGUUCAUUAAGCAGGUUGUCUCACUACAAGUCGGAGAAUCAGAUGCCUUCGGUUAGAUAUCACCUGUCGGUGACGCGACUCCCAACACAGGCAGACGUGGCCGAGGAGAAGAGUGGAGCCUGCUACUUGUGCCCUGAAGGAGUGCGACGUAUAUUGGUGACAAUGCUGGACUUCAGCCUUCUGAAAAGUCCCUCAUUCUUAACUCUGGCCUUCAGUGGUUCUUUAACCAUGAUGGGAUUCUAUACGCCUUUCACGUAUCUCCCAGAUAGAGCUAUAACAUCCGGCAUCGACGAGGGAACAGCUACGUUCCUAUUGUCCGUUAUUGGCAUAACCAAUACUAUUGGGCGUGUUUCCUGCGGUAUUGUCACAAGCUUACCAGGUGUCAACGCUCUACUCGUAAACAACGUGUUCAUCAGUAUUGCUGGUAUCGCUACAAUCGGGUCCGGAUUGUCUUUUAGCGAGGAGUAUCAGUUCCUUUAUGCAGCCGUCUUCGGCUUUAGUAUUUCUGUAUUUGCCGCACUCAGGACUAUCUUGAUUGUCGAUUUGAUAGGGUUGGAAAAAUUAACGAAUGGCUUCGGAUUGGCGUUAUUAUUUCAAGGUGUCGCUGCGGCUAUUGGUACGCCUCUUUCUGGUGUCUUCAUGAAUAUUACUGGAAAUUACAACGUUUCGUUUUACCUUUCUGGCUCGCUGAUGCUUAUGUCAGCAGUGAUCUGCUACCCUUUGGGAAAAAUUAAUCGCUGGGAGAAACUUAGAGCUAAGGAGGGGAGUCUGGAAUCACAAUAAUGGCUGAAUUUAAUGGAAAUAUCGGCCUGCGCGUGACCGCUCAAUAUGCGCUCCCAGCCGAAAAAUGUUAGUGAGUGAUAAUUUUUACAAAGUAUAAAUAAGUAAGUUGAAUAUAUUGUUAUACAUUACUUGUACAGUUUAUACCUAGUAUUUUAUAUUAUUGUCCAUAAAAAAGAUAUAAUGAGAUAAUGUAA